AUGGAUCAGAUUGCCUCCGGGGUGCGGUCCCACCUCAUCGUCGUUUGCUGCCACGCGAUUUACCUGGGAGGUCCCAACCGAGGCCGUGCCGAGAACGAAUGGUUAAUAGAGCCCUUCCAAAGGGGAGAAACUGACACUUUUAUGAGGCACGCCGAGGCCGCAGUGGAAUUACUGGUGAAUACCCCGGGUGCAUUGCUGGUGGUCUCGGGGGGUCCCACUAAACGACCAAGAACUGAACUCUCCGAGGGGCAGUCAUACUUUAACCUUGUCAAAGAUAACAAGUACUUCAACAUGGCUCACCAGAUUGACAUAGAGAGGAUCAUUGUUGAGCCUCAUGCGACAGACUCUUAUCAGAACGUCUUAUUCUCAUUGCUGGAAUUUCGCUUGUGCACAGGGUAUUACCCAGACUCUGUCACCGUCUUCACGCACAAGUUCAAGUCGAUGCGGUUCCUGGAAUAUCAUUUCCCUGCCAUUGGAUUACUUCCCAACUUACCUGCCGCCGUAACGGAAGGGAGCCGAGACGCUGAUGUGAGGGGCGUUGAUCCUCCGGAGCAUGUCACUUCGCAAGAAUCCUUAAUCAAGGGCGAGGCAGUGAGAGGAAUCGGACUAUGGGCGAAAGAUCUAUACGGAGUCGGAGAUGAACUCGCCCGUAAACGGAAGGACAGAGGUUGGGAGCCCGGCAUAGAGGGCGUCUUCCUCAAUCGAGGGCUGGGGGAAGUCGUAGAGCACCUGGUUUGUUGGAAUGGCGGGGCAGGAAGCGAGUGGUUUCCGAGGAUGCAGGAAUUGCCCUGGUUCUACGGAAAUAAAGAACACUCAUGA